AUGCAAGCGAAGGUGAAGGAUGAAUCGAUUGUGGAAUUAGACCCUGCAACCGUCUACUUUACUUUUUCUCGUAUUCGUCCCACCUUUUCGUGCGGUCGCACAAUUGUCAGCACCAUCGAUCAGUUUCUUCGCCGUAAGCUGACUCCAUACGAUUUACCGCUACUGUGUGUCCUGACUGACAAGGAGGGCAGGCGCUACAGCCUCAACAACCGCCGUCUCUACCUGUACAAGGAGCUGCGGGAACGCGGUGUGCUGGAAACGGUGCCAGUGCGGAUACGACAGCUGCCGGACACGCGGCGCAUGCGAGAGAAGUACACGCCGGAGAAGUGUGCGUUGCACGCGACACUGAAGCGUGAGGGAGCUGCCGCGUCCGCGCCCAAGCCGCAUAAGAAUGAAGGCGCCAGCGACGAUGCUCAAGCGCGGGGAGAGAAAGGAGACAAUGGCGGAGAUGGGGAUGAGGCGAAGUGUGUGCUGCGGCAGGAGGACACAAAACCCAGAAGGAAACGACGUGGUGGACGGGCAACAACGUUGGAGGAGGAACUCCUCGAAUUGAGCGUUUAA